AGAGAAAUCAGGAGGCCUAGGGUAGGCUACUGUUGCUCUAGGGUGUCAGAGAUUAGGAAAAAAUCAAGAGCAGCUCUGAGUUACUGUUGAUCUAGCAUGGCAGAGUUCAGCAAAGAAGAGGAAGGCACUAGACGGUACCAUUGUGCUGAGAUAGAAAAUGUCCCUAAAGAAAUUAAGGAGGCUAUAGGCUACUAUUGCUCUAAGAUGGCAGAGCUUACCCAGGAGCCAAAAACGGAUGUAGGUGUCCGUUGCUAUACUCUCGCAGAAGACACCGAAGAGGAAGGAGAAGGUAGUUCAGACAUGCCUGGACCAUCCACAACCACAGGCGAAGAAAAUCCCAGCAUGAAAGGGAGGAAGAGAACUACUUGUGAAGCUAAAGAUGGUGGAAACGAUGAAUUGCUGAAAGCAGCAAAGAAGAUAAGAACAUUCAUUCAGCAGAAUUCAGAGAGACGUAAAGCGGGCCAAAAGUCAAAAGUAAUAGUUUUCUAUCAGAAGAAUACUAAAAACGGGCGUGAAAAUAAACCAAAUGAGGAUGAAGAGAGUCAGGUGGAAUCCCCCACCUCAAGUGAUGAGGGCCCAUCAUCCCCCACCUCAAGUGAUGCUGAGAGCCCCUUGGAAGACCAAGACUUGUCUCGUCUCUAGGUUAACCUCUAGAAAUGAUCUCCUGUGCAGAGAAACGAAAUACUGCACCAGGAUUCUUGGAUGUUGAUGAUUAAAAUUCAACCAAAAGAUUCUGAAAA